UGUUUGUGGAUGUAUAUAAUUGUGUUACAAGGAACCCAUUUAAUGAUUUAUGAAACAGAGGGACUGUCUUUCUGUCUUUCUAUAAAAUUCCUUUAGUGCACUCUGGCACUGUGAACAGGAACAGCUUUCCUGUCAGUCAGGAUACACACUCACACAGUAUUCCGGAUAAUGCCUCUGGGAUCUCGCUGUGGGAAACUUUGAGGGGGAGUGUUUAAAGGUGGAGCAGAACGCUGAGCUUGUGGGACAGGACUCAAGCAUUGAACAGAAGUGGAUGUUUGAUGGUUUGAUCUUCCCUCACUCCAAUGGGAGACGCUUUGACAAUGGACUGGAUUUGACGCUGACUCACUCCAAGAGGACUUAAGUAGCUGAGUGCCUGCGAGAGGACUCUGAAGAGUGAAGUUUGUGAUAAACAGAGUUGCAGUCCAUGAGAACUUUGCCUGGAGCUUAUCUGCGCUGACACCAGAUUCAAGAGGAGUUACAGUUCUGCUGAGACAUUGUGUUGUGUGGGCUCCAGAGUAGGAAUUAGCACCAUGGCAGGGGUCACUAGAAAGGGAUCUGGUAGACCCUCGUACUACUACAGAUUCCUGGGCAAGUCCCGACUGCAGCGUCAGCGCAGCCGGUCCCGCAGUCGCACCAGGAUGGCUGCCAACAGGGAGUCUCCUCCAGAGAGGACAGGACGCCGACGCAGCAUGCCAGGCAGUUCCUCAGACAAGACUACACCCACCAUGGAGGCUACAUCCACCGCUGCCACACCUUUCAGAGUCACCGUGAGUACUGGCUUUCUAAGUCGACGGCUGAAGGGAUCCAUUAAACGCACCAAGAGUCAACCCAAACUCGACCGCAACUCCAGCUUCAGACACAUCCUGCCUGGCUUUAGGAGCGUCGACAAUGACAGAUCUCAUCUGAUGCCAAGGCUGAAGGAGUCUCGCUCCCAUGAGUCAUUGCUCAGCCCCAGCAGCGCUGUGGAAGCCCUGGACCUAAGUAUGGAGGACGAGGUUAUCAUCAAGCCUGUUCACAGCAGCAUCCUCGGGCAGGACUACUGCUUUGAGGUCACCACCUCCUCAGGAAGCAAAUGCUUUUCCUGUCGUUCAUCAGCCGAAAGAGACAAAUGGAUGGAGAAUCUGAGGAGGGCAGUCCAGCCCAACAAGGACAACAGUCGUCGGGUGGAGAACAUGUUGAGGCUGUGGAUCAUCGAGGCCAAGGACCUGCCAGCCAAAAAGAAAUACUUCUGUGAGCUUUGUCUCGAUGACUCGCUCUACGCUCGCACAACCUGUAAGCUCAAGGCUGACAAUGUGUUUUGGGGAGAGCACUUUGAGUUCAAUAACCUGCCUGCUGUCAUGAGCAUCACGGCACACCUGUACAAAGACACAGACAAGAAGAAAAAGAAAGACAAGAACAAUUACAUCGGACUUGUUAAUAUCCCCGUCACAGCUGUUACUGGACGACAGUUUAUGGAGAAGUGGUAUCCAGUCAGCACACCCAACCCCCCUAAGGGCAAGACAUCUGGACCUAUGAUCAGGAUCAAGGCACGCUAUCAGAGUAUGAACAUCCUUCCCAUGGAGAUGUACAAGGAGUUUGCAGAGUACACCACCAAUAACUACAUGCUGCUGUGCUCAGUGCUCGAACCCGGGAUUAGCGUCAAGAACAAGGAGGAGAUGGCCUGUGCGCUGGUACACAUUCUGCAGAGCACUGGCAAGGCCAAGGACUUCCUCACAGACUUGAUGAUGUCAGAGGUGGACCGCUGCGGGGAGAACGAGCACCUCAUCUUCAGAGAGAACACAUUAGCGACGAAGGCUAUCGAGGAAUACCUCAAACUGGUGGGACAGAAGUACCUGCAGGACGCCCUCGGUGAGUUCAUCAAGGCUCUGUAUGAGUCAGAUGAGAACUGUGAGGUGGAUCCGUCCAAAUGUUCGUCAGGUGAUUUACAAGAGCACCAGAGUAACCUGAAGAUGUGCUGCGAGCUGGCCUUCUGCAAAAUCAUCAACUCAUACUGUGUUUUCCCACGAGAACUGAAAGAGGUGUUUGCGUCAUGGCGGCAGGAAUGCAGCAACCGGGGUCGACCGGACAUCAGCGAGCGUUUGAUCAGUGCGUCCUUGUUCCUGCGGUUUCUCUGUCCGGCCAUCAUGUCCCCGUCACUUUUCAAUCUGAUGCAGGAGUACCCCGACGACCGCACGGCACGUACGCUCACGCUCAUCGCUAAAGUCACCCAAAAUCUGGCCAACUUCACCAAAUUUGGUAACAAGGAAGAGUACAUGUCCUUCAUGAACCAGUUCCUGGAGCACGAGUGGACCAAUAUGCAGCGCUUCUUACUCGAAAUCUCAAACCCAGAGACAAUCUCCAACACGGCAGGCUUUGAGGGGUAUAUCGACCUCGGCAGGGAACUCUCCACCCUGCACUCCCUCCUCUCUGAGGUGGUGUCUCAGAUGGACCAGAGUGCCGCAUCUAAGCUGGGACCUCUGCCCAGGAUCCUGCGGGAGGUGAACACAGCUCUGUCUAACCCGUCCUGUGUCCAGAUGACACCUGGACAGUCCUCAGAGCACAUGGGCUCGCCUCCCGCUGAGGCAAGUUGCAGCAUCUCGAGCGGCCUGCAGAAGAUGGUCAUCGACAAUGAUCUUUCAGGAUUGGUUGACUUCACCCGGUUACCCUCCCCCACCCCAGAAAAUAAGGACAUAUUUUUUGUGACAAGGAGCUCAGGGAUCCAGCCUUCCCCAGCACGCAGCUCAAGCUACUCUGAGACCAACGAGCCUGACCUGGGCAUGGCCAAUGGCAGCAAGAGUCUGUCCAUGGUUGACCUCCAGGACCCCCGCAGUCUGGAGAGUGGCGCAGGUCCCAGCACCUCAGAUGUUCUGUGUGAAGGCCCAGGCUCUGGGGGCGGCUGGUCAGCCAGAAUCCCACAGGGCAACAUUCCUGGAGGUCCCACCUUGAGGAGGCCAGGCCAGACCCCCACCACCCCAGGUACAGAGAGCACCCCAGGCCGACCCGCUCAGUUACUAGCCCCCCUGUCCUUCCAGAACCCAGUGUACCAGAUGGCCGCUUGCCUGCCCGUGUCCCCUCGUGGAAUGACCGACUCGGGCUCCGAGUGCCACAGCUCUGUCAGUUCCCAUAGCAACAACGAGGACGGACCAGCAGGAGGGAGACCCGCCUUUUUGAACCACGGUGGAGGAGGCGUCGCCGGCGUCGGUGGCGGCGGCGGGAGCAGCGGGGACGAAUACACCAGGCGCUCGGGCGAGUUCAACCGCCGACAGCUGUCCCUCACUGAAGCCCAGCACCAGCCCACCGUCCCCAGACAGAACAGCGCCGGCCCCCAGCGGAGGAUAGACCAACCCCCUCCUCAGAGCAUCACCCGGGGCCGCACGCCUCCAAAUUUGCUCAACAGCGGACCCUACCCUCGGCCUUCCUCCGGCAGCAUGAUGACAUCAUCACCCGACUGGCCGGGCAGCGGGGCUCGGUUACGACAGCAGUCCUCCUCCUCCAAAGGUGACAGUCCUGAGACCAAGCAGAGGGCUCAGCACAAACAGGCCCCCUCCCCAGUGAACCCCAGUGCGCUGGACCGCACAGCCGCCUGGCUAUUGAAUAUGAAUGUGCAGUAUUUAGACCAUGAGGGGAUGGAGCCAGAGUCACUGAGAAACAGAGAGGAUCUGACUCAGGUGGAGAAGUACCAGCAGGAGAUCGCCUUGCUGCAGGAGAAGCUGCGGGCGUCGGUGCAGAAGCUGGAGGAGUACGAGGCACGCCUGAAGGGUCAGGACGAACAAGCCCAGAAGGUGUUGAUGGAGUACCAGGCCAGGCUGGAGGAGUCUGAGGAGCGCCUGCGCAGACAGCAGGACGACAAAGACCUCCAGAUGAAGGGCAUCAUCAGCAGGUUAAUGUCGGUGGAAGAGGAGCUAAAGAAGGAUCAUUCAGACAUGCAGGCGGUGGUUGACUCUAAACAGAAGAUCAUCGACGCACAGGAGAAGCGCAUAGCAUCGUUGGAUGCAGCCAAUGCCCGCCUGAUGAGCGCACUGGCCCAGCUGAAGGAGCGCUAUAGCAUGCAGACCCGCAACGGCAUCUCCCCCACCAACCCCACCAAACUGCAGAUUACUGAGAACGGAGAGUUUAGAAACAGCAGCAACUGCUAGACGGACUGGCAUCUGCUCCGAGUGAGUGUUGUGUGCCUGCGUGUGUACAGUUAAUAAAUGAGAGGACGUCUACAUGCAUGCAUGGAUGCAUGCCAGUUUGAAAGACCGCAAAGAUGAGUGUGUGUGUGCGUGCGUGUGUGAACGUGUGUUUUUAAAAGCGGACAGUACUUUUGGAAGACAUUUUUGGACACAGUGUGGGAGUCAGGACCUCGCUCUGAGGGGGUUAGCCAGCCAAAAGAGGUGGGAUCUGGCGUUGAUGGACGGAUCACCAAGAGAACGACAUCACCAGACGGCCUUCAUCACGAGGGCGACGGCCAGAGGAGACGGUGCAGAGCUUGUACAUAUGAAACUCAAAGCUGUCCAUCAGUCAAACACUUUGCCAGUGGAUGUAUGCAGUCGCUGGGACAAUUCAAGACCCUGCCUAUGCCUGGGACGAACCACUAUAUAACCACACACAGUGACGACCGCUCGAUGACGGUCGCCCUAGCAACCCUCCUCUCCUCGUCUCUCUCUCUCUCUCUCUCUCUCGCUCUCUCUCUCUCUCUUUAUUCUUCUUCCUCUUCAACCAAGUGGACCCACUUAAAAACAAUAACACACAUUAAGGAUUAUCACUUUAGUUGUCUGGAGAGGAUUCAUUUCUAGUGCUUUAUUUUAAAGUCAUUGUUUCUAAAGAACCAAAUAGGAGCUUAAAAAAAAAAAAGAUAUUUUUAGUCCAAAACAAUCUUCUCUAUUUCCCUUUUCAUUCCUCGGGUGUGUUCCUGAGCGUCCCGCUUACCCCCCAAAACCCCUCUGCUUACCCCUCCAUCCCUACGUAGUGCACUUUGUGAAAAGCUAUUGGUACAUGAAACGCCUUAAGUAAGGAACACACCUCGACUUUAUCCCGGAGCUCCCCUAUUUCUGCAAAAAAAAGGCACAACUUAUACUGUGGAUUUGUAAAGGAUACAGAAAUAAAUUGUACACAGUUAAAUGUAUUAUGAAAAUUAAAGUAAAUGAAUUCUAUGUGAUACUAUAUUAAUGAAAUUUAAUAUAGAUGUAUGCAUUUCUUUUCUUCUUCUAUAGAAUAUACACACAUAUACCUAUAUUUGAUAAUCUCAAAUAUAAAAGCAGCCCUUUAUUUAGGAGUGAGAUCUAGUUUUUAUUUUCUCUGACGAUGAAAGACUGUAGUGUGUAGCUUGCUUUAGAGCCCUGGAGGAAGAGACCACAGCGAGCAGUGAUCAGCACCAUCGCCUCAGCCAUCCGUCAAAAACUCCAUGAUGCUUAACCCUUUACAUACCGUACGUGUAAGAGAAAUGUCUGUACAGUAGCUCCAAUGACUCCGGCGUAGCUUGCACAACUCGUGAUCAAGUGAUCAGUUCUUCAUCUGGUGCUAAUCACUGCUCUGAAAGACAGACGACGCAGAUGAAUUAAACACAGAUUUAGAUUUUGGUUGGCUCAUGUGUUGUGUACCUGUGUGUGUGUGUGUGUGUGUGUGUGUGUGUGUGUGUGUGUGUGUGUGUGUGUGUGUGUGUGUGUGUGUGUGUGUGUGUGUGUGUGUGUGUGUGAGUGUGUGUGUGUGUGGUGGUCUUCUUGCUCUAGUAGCACAAAAGCUAUUGAGAGAUGUGUUUGGACGCACUCGCUCAUAGUAUACACUGGACUGGUGAGCCAUUGUACUAAUGGCCUCCUUAGUUGCAUCAUUUUCUCUUUUAACUGCUUUGUUUGUCAGUGGUAAUGAAGUAUGCUGCAUCCAAACUGUGACUCUGUUAUUCCUAGUGGCAUCAUCUCUCUUCUCAUCUCCCCCUCUUCGUGUCUUUUUUUCUUACUCCGCCCCUCCUGCGGUUUCUUCUGAAUGUGAAGAUGCUAACUCACAGUUGGUCUUAAAGAGGUCCUUCAAAUCGUUCCUGUCAUCGCUGUCAGAUCCCAUAGCUCCAUCUCAGCAUCUGUAUUUUGUAUAUUUUUGUAUUCAUUUUUCUUACCUGUAACAGACUAUAGUGUGAGGCUCUGCAUGCUUCAUCCUUGCUCUAGAGCCAAUGGUAGCAUUGGUAUCACUAUUUGUUUUGUUUUUUUCUUUUGUUGCCAAUUGGAAGGUGGCGAAGAUGAUUAUAAUGAUGACGAUGAUGAUGAUGAUGAUGAUGAUGAAUGGCUUGCUCCAGACAUAUACAAGUAAAUAUAUGAUAAUUGAGUGUAUCAAGAGGCUGGACAGCCUGGGAAAGUGUAAAUAAAAUGCUCACACUAUUUUUACCUAAUGUUAACAAGAGCUUUUUGUAAAUGUAUCUUGUGCUCAAACUCUGCUGUAUCAUUAUGGAUAUUGUAAAUAUAAAAUAGCUCAGUCGGUCACCUGUCCUCACUGGGUAGAACUAUACAAUUAAAUUAACCUUUCAGUGUUCUCCCUUGGUAAAGCUAUUGUUUUUUUUAAUGAUUAUUAUUGUAUUUAGAGUGUAAUAUCACUAGCCAAAAAAAAAAAAGCAGACUAGGUAAGUAGGAGUUUGACUCUUGGGCAGUAGUGGAGGAUGCCUCGUUGGUUUCAGGCCAAGCAGAGUCCAGUCUAGAUGAGAUACGCAAGCACAAUCCUGUAUUUCUCAUCAGUCUAGCUUGAAGCACUUUUAUGUUCAGUGGUUGGUGUUUAUAAUUAGAUCAUUUUUGCACCUGUUUCAGGUGUUUAAAAAUGUGGCUAAAAGUUAAAAACCCGAAGACAGGGAUGUGGGUAUGAUUAGCUCAUUCACAAACCCCUAUAUCAACAUAAACACAACUAUUUAGCUUUUUUUUUUAAUUUUGAUGGUUUGAAUAGAAAAUAAUAGCCUCAAACUGAAGAUAUUUUCUCCUCAUCAUAUCUUACCAGGCAUCCAGUGCCAAAAACAAUAUUGCUCAACUGCAGUUUAAAUCAAGACUGUGUAACUUUAAAAAAAA